GUAGAAUGAUUCCGUGUAGUACAAUGCAUUGUGUACAGUAUAAGAGUGGAGCAGACGAGAGACUCUGUUUUUGCUUAUAAUAGGAGUGCCAACAUAUUUUGACGGAAUGCACGGGGUAUUAUUGAGCGGUGAAUUCAUCCAAACGAAUAUGCUCUUCCAAUACCAAAUCAAGGCAUCAGAGAUCUAGGCUAAACUUAAGAAGAACCUUUUUGCAGAGAUUUCAUUUCUCAGUUUUUCAGGUGAAAGGUGCAAAAUGGAAUGUAACAGAUUCAACUGAGAAGAUUGACAUAAUGGAAGGAAAAGGUCAUGAGGUCAUCAUUGAAGGAUCAUUGACUCAUGUGUUAGAAUCAAGAGCAGCCCUGAGAUGGGUAGUAUUAGAAAAGAGUUUGACAUCGGAUGAUGUGUGCCUCAGCAUUUAUCGCCAAGCACAUGGAACAAAGUCUGACUUGAAGAAACGCUAUGAACUCACCGACAGCAAUUUUAUUGGGACAGAAAGAGGAACAAUUAAACAACGCAAUGACAAACGCAAUAUGUUAUAUUGGGCUAUCAUCUUGAAGGACGAAUCCAUUCUUUUCAAUGAUAAAGAAGCAUUGGACAAAUCAAAUUCAAAGUUUGAAAGAUGGAAUGAAGUUGUGAAGAAACAAUGGAAACACCAAAGCUGGGAAGUAUCUCCAAUGCAAGGGUCAGCUGUAGAAGAAUAUAAGAAGCUUGUUUUACAUCUCAAUACAUCCAGCUUAUGUCUAGCUCUGCUUAGUCCUCCUAGGCACUUGCUACGUUGGCCUCUCUCUAGUAUCACCAAUCCAGACUGCCAUGACUGUAUCUUCACUUUUACAGUCAUUGGUAAUGACGAACCAGGUUACUAUGAAGUGAAGGUCACUCGAUCAAAACACGCCUCUAAGAUAAAGAUGGUUUGCAGUGAAUUGAAACAAGAUGAUAAUGGAGAGAAUGUAGAGUCAUCCAUCCCAUCAGUCAAUCACAUUUCCGCAGAUGGAGAUGAAGAGAACAUUAUGCAGAACCUUCCGCGAAAUAGAAAUUCAUCGCCGUUUAACCACCACAACAGUAAUGCAAGCAUAUGCAGUACACAUUCCUUGAACAGGGAGAGAGAGAGCAUCGCAAGUUCUGAUUCAGUGAUGUCGACACCCUCACCUACCCCCCUGAAAGGAGAUAAUUUUGUGACUUCAAAAAACCCCUUUGUGUUUCCUUCCAAUGGAGUAGGUGGUGAAAGGUUUGGGAACUCUUCUGGUGAUUGUACAUUAACCAGUCCGCCAACUGCAUGCAGUAGUCUUAGCCCAGCUGUUAGGCCUAUUCCCAGUUCUAGGACACCAAGUCCCGGUUCUCCAUACCAUGUGGCCCUUGUUGAUCCUCAUUCUCACAGUAACCUUGUAAGUACUCACCUGGACCCUCAUCCUCAAAGACCAUCAUCACCACCUACUAAAGAUCUUCACACAUUUAACAAUGCCCAAGAAAGGAAUCAUCUCUCACCUCAAAUACUGAGACGAUCUGAUGAGGGUUUUUGUGAGGAAAAGGAACUAAAACAGAAGGAAACUCUAAAGAACAAUCCAACCUAUAUGAACACCCGUGGAGACUCAAACAUAGUUGACCAUUCAACAGAACCUAAGGAUCCGAAUACAUACAUGAAUUUUGAUAAUAACACCCACUAUGUCAACCCUCCUCUCCAGAAGCUACCUGUCAAGGACAAUGUUGGACCUGUGGUUGCUCCAAAGCCUCAGCCUCCAAGUAUACCCCCAAGGAAACGGCCGCUCCAUGAAUUGGUACAACAAGCUAAGACAGGAAAGUUUCUUGUGAAAGAUUUCAUGCCUUCUGUUAAUACUUUGAAAAAGUUCUGUCAAUACUUUGAUGUUCAGAAGUCCUCAUUUCUUAUCAAAGACUGGAGAGAUCUUGCUGAGAGAGUUGGGUUGAAACAAGGAGACAUGGAGGUGGUGAAUGAUGCAAGUUGUAAGACUGGCAAGUGCACUUCAACAGAAAUAGUGUUAGCAUACUGGCAGUGCAAUGCACCAGAUGACAUGCCAUUCACUCCAGAUCAACUGGUAAUUGAGCUGAAGAGGUUGGAACGUUAUGAUCUCAUUGCUAUUCUUCGGGAGGAAUCAUAGUCAUUGGAACUUCAGUGAAUUUUGGGAAGUCCAUAAAGUGUCCAUCAAAAUAUAUGUAUUCCAAAUUUAUCUCACACUUAAUGAAACACCAACUCCUCACCCUUUUGGUGAUAACUUUUUCACAAUAUACAAAGCACAUUUUGUAAGACAGCAUUUGGAAAUCUACUCAAAGUUAUCAAGUUCAGUGACAAAGAAAUAUUUUGUCUGUAGCUUCAGUGAGAGUUUCAUCUUAGCCUUAGUUGCCCAAAUUGAGAAAAAUGUAUUCAUACAUGUCGUGUUUAAAAUCAAUUACUUGAGCCAUGUGUGGUGUCGGAGGAACAAAUAAAAGUAUCAAUAAAAAGUUACUUGUUCAUUUUGUGGUAAUUUUUAAAUGUAUCCAAUAUUCUCUUUGAGCCCUUUAGAUUUGGAUGACCUUUUUGUAAAAAUAAAAGUUUUUGUUUUCAACUUCAAAAAUAUAACCCCCCCCCCAGAAUUUUCAAAGACAGACAAGCCUAAUGAAACUCACCAGGAUCCCAGACAAAGGGAGCCUCUCAACAGCUUAGAAUGGUGAGGGAUGGUAGUGACAUAUUUGGGAGACCUGCUAGUAGUUUAUAAGAGCUGAAAUGCCUACUCUUGGUAAAAAAGAGUUAUUGUCAAUUGAGUUUCUCCUACAACUAUCUAUCUGAAGUUCUUGACAUUUAAUCAAGUAGUUGUGUUGUAAGGCUUAGGAUCUGCCUUUUUAAACUAUGUGAAAAUCUACAUUUAUUUAAGUCAACAUUGAAUGGGUUUCAGUUUGUCAUAUUUAUGGUAUUUAACCUAUCUUCUCUGAGCUUGGUCUGACUGAUAUAAUGAUAUAUAUUUUUAAUAAGUUAUUAAUCUUCCCUAUUAUUUUAAUAAUGGGCACAUUCUCUGAACAUGGUCUGACAGACUGAUGAAAAUAUAUUUCUAUACUGCAUAGAACUAGGGAUGUUAGCAUCUUUUUAAGUUAUACUUCAAUCAUCUGAACUGCUGUGUUACCUAAACCUGAUGUAUUUGGUAAAUGUAUCAUGCAUAUUACUAUUCACAUAUUAAAGAUUAAGUCCAACCCAGCAAAAUGUUGAUUUGAAACUUUAAAAUGUCAUACCUUUCUUAUUUUACAUCCGAUUUUGAUGAAUUUUUCAGUGUUAUGCUUGUUGGAUUUUUCUCUCUUUAUUCAAAUCAAUUUUUUGUUGGGGUGGACUUGUCCUUUAAAGAGGAUAUGGUAGAUGCUUGUAAGAAAUUCUAUUAACUGAACAUUAACAUAUACUAUCAUAGAUAUUUAUAGAGUCCAACAAGUAAAAUGGUGCUAUGAACAUUUGUAAUAUCUUGCUCAACAUUUAUAUUAAUGCAAAGAAAUAUGGUCUUCCAAGUUUUCAUCAACAAUGACAAAAACUUUUUUUUUACAAAAUUGAAUUUUAAAGAAUGCUCCAAUUGGUCAGCUAAGGAUGUUUGUUAGAUGUAAAUGAUUUUUGUAUAUCUAUAUAUAUGAAAGUCUUUUGUAGCUUUAUUUUUAUAGACAGAUUAUACUUUAAAGAUAUAUAUAUAUAUUUUGGGGGUUUUCGUUGAAUAUAUUUUUUUUAUUUUCUUUGAUGGUGCUUUUAAUAGUUUGAGGAAGGGAGAGUCUAUAAUAAUAUCAUCUUGGUCCUGAUGAAAGCUGAAAAACCAGAGAAGCGUGUCCAUGAAAGUUCAAUGAAAAAAACACAUCAAAGUUUUUGUAAUAAAGUUAUUUUUAUAUUAAGUUAUAGUAAGAUAUUUUGGACCGCUCUUUCAUAUAUUGUGUUCUAUAAAUUUCAUAAAUGGCCAUGUCUUAAGGCUUAUGAUGAACAGAGAAAUAUGUUUCAUAAAGUUUUGUACAUGAAUGUGUCUGUUCAAAAUACAUGUAUAUAUGAAUAAUUUCUUCUUAAAGUGCAGUAUGUGUAUUAACCAUUCACAGCAUACAUGUGAGAGCACCCAACAAAUUGCAUAAUUUUAAACAAACAAAAAAAAGUCACUAACAUUUCAUCUGAUGAAUUUCUUAUGAAUGUUAAUAUUUGUGUUUAUUAAAGCAGAUGAUUUAAGGAUAGACUUUUCCUUUAAAAACUGCUUUAUUUCACAUAGUUAUGUGAAUGUGUUUUUGUUUCAAUUAUUGCAUGCUACAUGUAAUGUCAGUUUAUAUUGUUUGUGUGUGUUUGUAUCCUUAUAAAGGUCCAUAGUCAUCCAUUUUAUUUGAUCCCUUGGUAAAUUUAGUAUUUUCUAAUUUCUCAUUACAAGUAUAACUAUUCAUAAUUGUUCUUUACCACUUGCCAAAAGUAUUCUUAAACAAGGGGUAUUAUAUCCUUGUUGAUGGUCUAUUUCAUUCUGUUUGCUGAAUGUUUAAGUUUAUUUUUCCCUGCGAGGCUUCUUGUUUCCUUGUUAUUUACUUCCGAUAGCAUGCACUUGAUUGCACCCAAUUUCAACACAAAGUGCCCUUUUAUAUCACGAACAACAAUACUGCAACCUGCUAUUAUCUUUAUUAAGUUACAUCUCAAGAUUUCUCAUUUUCAAAGUUUGAAUUCAUUGUCAAAUUAUGAUGAAUAAUUAUUAUAUGAUAAUUGUGUGAAAGAUGUGAUAAAAAAUCUGAUAGUUAAGAGUAUAAAAUAUGAUAUUGGUGUCUCAAUCACAAGAGUUGGGUCCCUGACAAGAAUGAAGGUACUGUCUUUUUUCUUUUAGUAUUAUAUCUCAAGCACAGGUUGAGCUGGAAAUCAAUUAUAUUAAUCUUUGUAUUGUAUAGCUUCCUGGCUGUAUGAUCACAAUAUUUGUAAAAUAAGUAUUCAGAUGGCCUACAUUUAUAAAUAUUAAACUUUACCAAGAUAGUUCACUAUAAGUGUAUAUGAUAAUAUGGUAUAUAAUUCAUAUUUUUACAAAGAGCCAAUGGAUGCAAAUGAAUAUAGUGCUCACUACUGUUUUGUAAGAUUGAAUGUCAGAUUUUGAGCCUUUAACAAGGCUUUCAAUCAAGUGAAUAAUUUGUUCGAAUAAGAAUGUAAAGUUGAUAAAAUGAUUUAAAAAUAGGGGACUAUAAUACUUAUGCAUGCUGAUUGCCUGGAAAAUGCUAAUUUUCAGGGCUGCUCAUGUUUUAGAAGUUAAUUUGAUCAAUGUGAUGUUACCCUAGUCGGUGAUGUAGCUUUUCAUUGGUGUGCUAUAUAGAUCUCUACUUUUGCACACUUGAUGUCACAAACAUAGGGCUUAAACAAAAUUAGCCUUAUGUAAUCAGCUUGUGAAAUUCAUUUACACUAAAUCCACCCAGAGGUCGAUGUAUGCUCAUUGAUACAACUGGUGAUGACAGAUUUACACCCCAAUAAGAGAUUAAAUGCUUGAUUUUAAUUCA